GUUUCCAUAGUGGCCGCAAGGCCCUAUAUACUAGUGGCCGUUCGUCGGAGUGCCUUGAUACGGAUCAAAAAGCCUGCAAUUGAUAACAAGCUGAAACAUUGAAAACUAUUGUUCGCCCAAUGGAUUAUCAUUCACUUAUUGGAUUCUGUUAAGUUGCGAUCGUCUAGCAACUGCAACGGUUCCGCUGCUGGCACGAUGCCACGCCAGAAGCAGACUGCGCCGAGGCACCGCCCUGAGGGCGAGUGUUCUGCUUCCAGUUGGACAAAUCGCGAUCUGGAGCGAGCUAGUGAACUCAGCUCUUCGUCCUCGAGAGCUGCAGAUGGUCCGGUUCCGCCAGCCGAUGAACCCGUUCAUGUAGUCCUCAGCGACAACGGAGAUGAUGUGAUCACACUCAGUGAUGACGACUGGGAUGAAAAAUACGACAUUAAAGUUGUCAGUGACUCUUCGACGUCUGCGGAUCGUUAUGGAAAGAAAGCUGUUGGGAAGCCGCAGAAGAAGCGGUUCAGCGCCCCAAUCACUCCUGCUCAAGAGGAGUACGCACGGGUGUGUGCCGAGCUGGCCGAUUUUGACUUCUACGUUCCAGUGUCGGUGCGCAAGACGCGGUCCAACGAUGAGCCAGUCGUUGAUACGCUGCGACUGACGCUCUCCGAGCCCCCUCUGGAGCUGCCUGAGACCGAUAAAUUCUGGGUAUACUUCUCGGAGGAACAGGACCGGGCACUGCUGUAUUUCGAGUGGCUAUCUCGCCCGGAUGGCAUCCGGAGCCGACGCCGGGUUGAGCGGACUCAACUUCUCCAAGUGGCGGCACCACAGUCGUUUGAGACCUGGCGUCUUUUGUCUGGAUCUGCCGGUGGUGUAGAGACAGUGCUGAGUGACUACGGCCACUCGGGGGAGCUGCUGCUGGACGUGCUUCUUGGGGAGAAGGCAUUCGUGCCGCUGCGUCAUCCCAGCGAGAACUACCGCCGCGUGAACGCCGACUGCCGCGCCCUCUUGAGACGGCUGCUGAAACUGCCAGGACGGGAGUACGAGUCCCAAGCGGUGGGUGCUGUGGAUGUCGACGAGCUGUACCGUCGACUGGCCGCAAGGCGUGGCCAAGGAGACACAGACGCGGAUUCUUCCCAUGAAUCCACCCCUGACCCACAGCAUGAGCAACUGCUGCCUCAGCUGCGGCCGUAUCAGCGGGAUGCCGUCACUUGGAUGUUGCGUCGGGAGCGUCAGAGGCCUGUAGAUCAUCACAAACUUCAUCAUCUGUACGUUCCUCUGUCCCUCGGAGGGACCACAGUGUACUACUGUCCACUGGGUGGUUGGGCUGUGCGUGAAAGACCGGGUGAAGUGAGCUCACCACCCGGUGGCAUCCUUGCUGAUGAGAUGGGUCUCGGAAAAACUGUGGAAAUACUUUCUUUGGUUUUGAACCAUCCGCGAGGCGAUGCUGUAAAGCCAGAACCACUGGAGGUUGUCGACCUGUCUAGCUAUGAGGAGUCCGUGGCCACAAAAGACAAGCGUUCAGCUCGAAGCAAGAAGAAACGCUCUUGGAGUGACUCUGACUCUGACUCGGAAUCGGACUCGACAUCGAACACCGGAAAGCGGAAAAGAAAGGGUACACCGAAAGGAAACAACAGACAAAGACUUUGUCGCUCCUCAGGCCGGAAGAGGAAGAUGACUCCGAUGGAAGGCAGCUCGUCCGACUCGGACUGCGACUGGGAGAGAUACGUGCCGACAUCGAGCCGUACGGACAGAAUGAAACAGCGCAGGGCGCAGACCAACUCCGACUCAGGAUUGCAAUCUGAUUCAGAUACUGGAACACGAACGGUGGAGAAAUCGCGCCUGGAAAGGGAUGAAAACAGUGUCUCAGUGAGUCACGGUGCGUUUGGGGAUGUUGCAAAUGCCGGGCCUACUUCGGAUGUGUCAUCUGGAAGCCGUUCAUCUGUGGGAACGGAACCGCAGAGUAUUCAGCAAAGUCCAUCAGGAGACGUGAAAUGUUCUGGAAUCGCUGAGGGUGAUAAUGUCGCCAACUGCAUCGAGGACGUGAUCAUUCGCGAGUGCUACGGUGAGGCUGAGCCGAGUGACUAUGUGCGCGGCCUGGGGGUACUCCCCGACUGGGACAGUUUCACGAAACGGGGCGAAAAACCGACGCCCAAACCAUCAUGGCGCGAUCCUGUGGAAGAAACCAUCGAGGAAGUGGUGGUGAGGGUGUGCUACGAUGGUAAACCACCUCCGAGCUACCGUCCCGGUGGAAGCUCUCGCAAGAAGUCAGGCCGCUCUACCUCAGAUAGUCCUUGUGCGCCACCCAAACCGCCGUCAGAAAUCAAACGUCUGCUCCAGCUGCACUACGAGCAAACAAUGUCCGAGAUGUCGGCAUGUCGCGUGCGAUCGCUGCCGGAGCCGGAGGUGGACCCAACUUUCUCUUGUCUGUGUGGGCGUUGGGAGGACCGUCAGUACCGGGUGCAGUGCAGCGCUUGUGGCACGUUUCAGCACGCUAAAUGUGUCGGAUACGACGUGACAAACCCGCUCAGGGGUGGAUACUGGUGUCCGCAGUGUUGGACGCAGCAACCGCCGGUGCGGUCAGGAGCAACGCUUAUCGUCUCCCCCACGGCUAUCUCCGACCAAUGGGUGCAGGAGAUUCUCAAACACAUCCGGUGCGAGGGUCUGCGUGUCCUCGUGUACACCGGCGUUAGCAGCAACAGCUAUAUCCAGCCACAGGAGCUGGCUUCGCACGAUCUCGUGGUCACCACCUACACUGUCCUUCAGCGGGAACUGAACUACACGGAAGUUGGACGCAAUGGAGGGGACGCUGGAAAACGUCGCCAGCAGCGCUAUCUGCCACCGCCGUCGCCGCUGCUCUGCGUCGACUGGUGGCGCGUAUGUCUUGACGAAGCCCAGAUGGUGGAGAGCACCACGUCGCGAACGUCCUCCAUGGCUCUCAAGCUCAGCUGUGUCAACCGCUGGUGUGUGACUGGCACGCCGCUAAGCCGCAGCGUGGCCGACCUGUAUGGAUUGCUGCUGUUCCUCGGCGAUGAUCCGGUCUGGUGUGAGCUGUGGUGGAACCAGCUGAUCUACUACCCAUACCUACACGGAGACGCGGGUCCCUUGGAUCGCCUCUUGGAGCGCUGUCUCUGGCGGACCGCUAAAGCCGAUGUGCUGGAUCAGAUCGACCUGCCCGCACAGCGCGAGCUUACAGACCGGUUGGACUUUUCCCCUGUAGAGACAUACUUCUACCGAAGGCAGCAUGAGGAAUGCGCCCGCGAUGCGCUAGCCAAGCUGGCCUCUUUUACAGAUGACAAGCUGCAGUUGAAGGACCUUGAACGAGCGACCGUCAACCAGCUGUUGCGUCCACUGCUACGGCUGCGGCAGGCGUGCUGCCACCCCCAGGUAGUGAGAGGUCAGUUCAUGCCUCUGCACAAAUCGACGAUGACCAUGGAGGAGUUGCUGGAGCAGAUGAUCCGACGUGCCACUACAGAGGCGGAGGAGGCGCACCGGCAGCGGGUCGCGGCGCAGCACGGUCUGGCAGCGCUGCACAUCGUCCGUGAGGAGUGGGACCAAGCUGCUGAGCUCUACCGCACCGUCCUCCGUCAGGCCGAGGAGCUGCGAGACACUUUGAACACCGAUAUGCUGCAGCGACUUCACGCACUGCACAACCUCGAUGAGCUGGUGUCCGCCCGCAGACCCAUUCCACCCACUACCCGGGAUCAUCGUCUCAAGCAGGAAGCGCAAGAGCUACGUGCCUCCUACGUGGGCAAGUACACGACGCUAGUGGAGCAAACGCUGUCCUCCACGAGCGAUUUAUCGGUAGAGGUGGACGAACACGCCGCUAAGCUGGACGAGAGUCAGAGACCCUGGUUCUCCGCCGUGCUGGCACGCUGGUCGGAGGCCCGACCAGGUGAGGUCGUGGAACGCAUCAACCAACAGCUCCGCGAACUCUCCAGUGCUGAUUCGAACAUUGAGAAGCGCACAAACACAGGAGUCACUAAGCGCACGACGGUACUGAAGGGCCGAAUUCCGGCGAACACUAUGCUGGAAAAGUUUAGCAGCGUCACGGGCCUGCAACGCCUGCUCAUGGAAAGGCUGAUGAAACUGGCAGAGCUGCGUGAAGAGACUCAGGAGGGCGUUGGCCAACUGGUGGUCAUAAACCCGACGGAGCUGGUGUCGGCCGCAGUUGACUGUCAUCUCCGUCCAAGCCAUAGUGACGCUGAACGGUGUCGUCUUUGCGAAGCACAUGACGCCUUCGAACGCUACGAGCGGGAACUGUUCUAUAUGGCCCAGAGUAGAGUGGAUGCCAGCGAGAUGGGUGGCGUCGAGGGCAAGAUCAGCGUGCAUGGUGAACUGAGGCGCGGCAACUGGGGAGAUAAUGAGACCGAGAGAGUGCUAAAAGUGCUACUUUCACAGGCGCGACAGCUGGGCAUGAACCAGAUUCUCAUAGAGCUGGGCGGUCAUCACAUCAAGAUGCUGGAAACCAUGAAGAAAGAGUUCAAGAGCCUACGCAUCCUUUGGAGGCAUGUCAACGAUCGCGUGUCUGCCUCGGAUGAGCUGGAGAUGGCUGUGCUCCGCCUGAGGACGCGGUACGUCGAUGAGCCGCCACCAGACCUGCCGGUGGCCCAGGGCGGGCAGGAGCUGCCCACCUACGUCAUCGAGCCGCAUGAGGUGGACCUGCACCGCGGCAAGCUUGCCGCCGAUCGCGCUGUGUCUGAAAACGAUUUGAGACGCAAGCUGGGACAGCGUCUGUACCUCACCAAUCUGAAAAAGUCGGGUGUGGAGCACCGCAAUGGCAACCCAGAGCCGUGUCCCAUCUGCGAAACUGCGCUCGGUACCAACUGGAGUGUGCUGCAGUGUGGGCACUGCUUCUGUAUGACCUGUGUGCAGCGCAUCAUCGAAGAGUUCUCGAUGGGUGGACGACGCGACAAGCUGAAGUGCGCCAUCUGUCGCGAAUUUACCCGUCACUCCGACAUCGCCUACGUGAACGCCACGUGCGCCAGUGACGAAGACGGCGCGGGAGGAGCGAUUCGUGUCCGCGGCAGUCACAGCACCAAGGUGGAGGCUGUGGUCCGCUGCGUGCUGACCAUUCUGCGGGACGACCCGGGCGCCAAGACUCUGGUGUUCGCCACCUGGACGGACGCUCUGGACGUCAUCGGUGGCGCGCUGGAGAUGAACAACGUCACCUUCCGCAGCUUGCACACGGGCAAGUUCCAGCAGAAGCUGCGGGAGUUCCGGACACUCCCGGAUGUUUCGGUCCUGCUGCUGCCGAUCCACUCGGGCGCCAACGGCCUGAACCUGAUCGAGGCGACGCACGUGGUGCUGACCCACCCGGUGCUGGACCCGGGCUCGGAGCGGCAGGCCGUUGGACGGGUGCACAGGAUCGGCCAGCGGCGCGCCACCGUGGUGCACCGGCUGGUGGUCAGAGACACCAUCGAGGAGCGGGUGCUGGCGCUCAACGCCACCAGACCGGUGGCCACGGCGGCGGCGGCGGCCGCGGCGCCCGGCCCCGCCGAGCAGGGGCUCACGCUGGCGGAGCUGCGCGAACUGUUCGUGGACGGCAGUAGAAUGUAGUCUCAUGCUGCUGCGGCCAGUGGUACAUGUCAGCAGUCCCUCGGCAAUGCGGACGAUAGCAUGUGAGCCUGCAGUGGUUGUGACGUGUGUCAACUACGGAUGAUGCCGUGCAGCCGAAGUUCAUGGAUGAGGCUGCGUAUGUCUGGUUAGUGACAUCCUUGGCUCUGUCUCCCAACGCUGACGUGACGAAGUGCUCCGUCGGUGGACCCCCGUGUAGCCGUGCUGUGAUUAUCGCAUCCAGGUGUUGCUCGACGUAGGUAUACGUUUGUGAACUUUGUUUCUGAGUUUGUUUGAGACAAUUUGUAUGUGCUGCAUUUCGACUCAUUGCAUGGGUUUUGUGCUGUUUUCAUACCCAUACAUCAAUGUACAGAAGUAACUACGUGUAAUGCUUGAGUUCUGAUUUUUUAAUGAAAAGAACUGUAUUCUACUGACGCUAGCUGAACGUUUCUAUUUAGAAACCACAAUUUGAUGCUUGAUGUAUCAUUCAUUGACAGUUGUAUCGUACCUGAGGUCACUAGGGGGUGAUGUAGUAACUUCUCGCCAUUUGUACAUUUGUUCAUAGACUCACAGAAGUAGCACUGACGGACUGUACACUUUCGUUUAGUUUUGGUGUUUGAUUUCUGCAACAGUGACUUGUGGAGGUAAUAUAUUUUGAUAUUUCA